AUAUUUCAGCUCGGAGGAGACACUUUCCAAAAGGCCACUACAUCAACUCCAUCGUGACGGUGAUCUUUCGCAAGCCCUGUGAUCACAUCCAACAGAAGAGCGGACAGCAGAAGCAGUCUCACAUUGUUUGAACGUGCCAUAUUACCGCAUCUGCUACCUUCCCUGUCGAUAUGACAUCCACAGCCGCUUCGCUCCUCUCCAAGUCCGUAUCGGCGGCCGGCAAGACGCUGAAGCUGGGUAUGAUCCCUGCCGAUGGCAUUGGUCGCGAAGUUCUGCCAGCCGCACAGCGUAUCCUCUCGCAAGUGUCCGGCGCCGGGGCCCCGAAAUUCGAGUUUAUCCCGCUCGAAGCCGGCUGGGAGUAUUUCCAGAAGCACGGCACUGCUCUGCCCACCGAGACGGUGCGCGUGCUAAAGGAGGAGUGCGAUGGUGCCAUGUUCGGCAGUGUCAGCAGUCCGAGCCACAAAGUGGAGGGAUACUCGAGUCCGAUCGUUAAAUUGAGGAAGGAGCUCGAUCUGUUUGCAAACAUCAGGCCGGUCGUCAGCGUUAAGGGAAAGACGCUUGAGGCUGGAGAAAAAAGCGUCGACACAGUGAUCGUCAGGGAGAACACAGAGUGCCUGUACAUCAAAUCUGAGACCAUCGAGAACACUCCUAAAGGGCAAGUAUCACGCGCCAUUCGCCAGAUCUCCGAAUCGGCGUCCAAGCGCAUCGGGCUCAAGGCUUUCGAAGUCGCACUUGCGCGCGAAAUGCUGCGCGUGCAAGCUGGUACGCUGCAAAAUAGGAGCUCACAGGCAAAGGUGACGGUGUGCCACAAGUCCAAUGUCCUCUCGACAACCGACGGUCUUUUCCGCACCUCGGUCCGUUCCAUCAAAGAGACCGACUCGGCGCCUGAGGGCGCAAACAAAUACGCUGCGAUCGCUCUAGAUGAGCAGCUUGUCGACUCGAUGGUCUACAGGCUUUUCCGCGAACCUCACGUCUUUGAUGUCGUCGUCGCGCCCAACCUGUACGGCGACAUCAUCUCGGAUGGCGCAGCUGCACUCGUCGGUAGUCUCGGACUGGUUGCGAGUGUCAAUGCCGGCGACAAUUUCUUCAUGGGCGAGCCAGUACACGGCUCAGCGCCGGACAUUGCCGGGCAAGGCAAAGCGAACCCUAUCGCAGCAAUCCGCAGCGCGGCGCUGAUGCUUGAGUACAUGGGCUACGUCGAGCCCGCCCUGCGCAUCUACGACGCCGUCGACACCGUGCUGAGGGAAGGAAAAGUGCUCACGCCUGAUCUGGGAGGCAGGAGCAGGACGGAGGAGGUAGAGGAGGCAAUCAGCAAGGCGCUGAGCAAAGCGUAGAUGACGUGAAGCUUUUGCUAUUGAACUCUUUGCACCAUUGCUCGCAUAAUGAGCAGAAUAAAACGCAGAGUCGAACAAUUAGAUUUAAAAUAUGG